AUGUCGUAUCCGUCUCAACCUUUCCCUAGACUAGUGGCGGAGAGAAAAAGCCGAAGAACUCAUAAAAAUUCAAGAGACGGUUGCCCCAAUUGUAAAGCCAAAAGAAUAAAAUGUUCAGAAGAAUUACCUUCAUGUUCCAAUUGUAUUAAGAAGAAUUAUCGUUGUGGUUAUCUAGACUUUCCUCCUGAAAAAUUGGAACAUUUAAGAAAGAAAAAUGAUAAGAGAAAUCGUGAUAUAUCUCAAUAUAAUGAUAAUCAAUUAUUGGCGUCAACCAACCUUACACCUUCACAAACCAAUACUCUAAAUGAUAGUCUUUCAUCGCAUCUUCAUCUUCAACAUCAUCAACAUCAGCCUAACUUUUCUCCUGAUAAUUCAUCCUUAAAUAAUACCCCUAUUACUAAAGGCUCACCAUCCAAUAUUCAACCAUUCACGCCAUUAUCAAAUGUUAAUUCAAAUUCUGGCAUUCCUUAUCCCGAUAGUAUUCAUAGUAGUAACCAUAAUGGCACUAUUAUUGAUAAUAGUGUAACAGGUAGUUCCAUAACUAAUCCUUCAUCACCAGCAAAUUAUCAUCUUCAUAUCUCAUAUAAUGACAAUCACUAUAAUAAUAACAAUAAUUUACUAUUUGCUGACCCUAAUGCUCCACCACCAAACGAUAUUUUUGCUCAUGCUGCAGCAUCUCCUCAGAAUGUUGACCCUUCAGAUUUCUAUAUAUCAAAGGAUGAAUUAAGAGUAGCAUUAUAUAAAGAUUCGUUGUUUAAAUUAGGAUCAAAUGAAGCUCAAUGGCCCCAUCCUUUACAACGUCAGCAACUUGACCAGUUAAAGUUUGGUUUCGAGGAUCAGAAUCAGCAACAACAACAUCAGCAACAGAAUAACAACUCGACACAUCAUCAUCAUCGCCGACAUCAUCAUCAGCUUUCAAAUGAUCAGCAACAAUUUCAAUCUCCACAGCAGCCAUUUAUACCACCUCAACAAUAUAUCAGCCAAGGACAACAAAUAACUCAACAACAAGCCUUACAACAAAGUCCUCAAGACGAGUUUUUUUCAGGGAGUUACAGUACUUCUAAUGAAGAUGAUAAUUUAAGUAGUCAUAGUUUUGAAAAUUCAACUCAAAAUUAUAAUCGUCAUAUUCAUUCCCUUGAUCCAAACGUUUCAGAGAUUUCAAAGCAUUUGCAUUUGGAUGAUAUACCAGAAGAUCAUAAUAAUGCUCCCUUUCAAUUUCCAAGAAAAACAGAUACUCCUCAACAGUAUUUAUUCACUUUGAACAAUAAUAUCGUUCAUAAUUAUUCUCCACCGUCACAUCCACCAUCACAUCCAGGUACUCCUUUAAACAAUGCAAUCAGUAUGCCAUUUAUUUGUUCAAAAUUGGUAAAGACGUAUAAACGUAAGCAUGAACUUGUUUCAGGACAAACAGUUCUCGACAUAAAUAAUGUAUCUUUCUUCAGCCUUUAUUCUCCUGUUUGGAGAUUCGAAAAUAUGGAUAUAUUUUGGACUGCUGUUUUCAAUAAAAGUAUAGUCCUUGAUGUUUACUUUUCCUUCUUUAUGGACAGAGCUUUAAACGUUUUGAUUAAGGUUGUUAAUAAAGCAGUCAAUGCAGAAAGUAACCCAACUACAUUCACUGCCGAGGAUUUAAGCGUGUUAACAAAAAAAUCAUAUAACUAUUAUGGUGUGUUAAUUAAAGAAUUGAGAGAAUCUUUAACCAAAAUACAUAUUGAAUAUCCAAUUAAGAUUUCUAUGUAUUCAGGUUGGACCACAUAUUUACAUUUACAUGCCUCAGUUGAUACAAUUGCAUUAAUGCAUACAGGUACAGCAUCAUUAUUUAAUAAUUACGUUCAAGAUUUAAAUAAAGUUGAAGAGAUAACUCCUACGUUACAAGCAUCAAUUCAAAAUUAUAAUAAUCAUAUUAGUUAUUCAGUAGUUCCCGAUUACAAAUUUGAUAUCAUUAAAGAAUUGUAUGAGGAUUUCUUAGAAUUUAAAACAUUUAUUAUUCAUAAUCAAGAAUUAACAACUAAGAAUAAUGGUAUUAUCUUGAAUACUUUUGUUGAAUUAGAAGAUUUCUUAAAAGAUUUAAUCGAAGAGUUAUAUCCAAAAAUGUUAUACGUUAAUAACUUUUAUAAAAAGUCAAACAAUAUUACAGAUAAAUCAGACAAUAUAAUCUUUACAUCUCCUUCAUUGUUAUUUGAUUUAUUGACUCGUUGGUUUAGAAUAUUUCCUAGUGAAGCUAUUUCCAUAGGCUCAAGAAUGACUCCAUUGCAAAAAACGUUCUAUUUAUUUUUUAAUGCUGUUGGUAAGGCUAUGAGUCAUGUUGUAACGCCUCUCAGAAGUGUUAUGUUAGUUGAUGCUCUCCAUGUUAUUGUUCCAAUUGUUGGUCUAGAUUGUGUAACAUAUAAAUUUGGCGUUGAAGAUUGCCCUAAUGCUGCUCAAUACACUCAUUUAGCCAAGCUUUCGACUAAAUUGAUCAGAAUCAUCAAGUUCUUCAAUAAUAGAGUUGAGUUGGUUUCAUAUUAUUUAUCAAAUAAAACAAUUUUGAAGGAUUCUCCAUAUUUAUCAGCUGUUAAACCACAACAUGAUAGAGUCCAAUUCCAUGGUGGUGAUAUUUUACAAUUCAAUGUUCCGAAAUUUUCAAAUUUAACAGAAGUUAUGAUGACCAAUUUUAACGUUGAAAAUGCCAUUGGAUUGUGGAAUUAUCCAUUAUUGCCAAGUUUAGCUCAUGAACGUAAUGACUUUAACGUCAAGGAGUAUGGUUCUUAUAAGGAAAUGAUUGAGACUGAAAAUGAAAAUCAACAUGAACGUCUUAAGAACGCUGAAUACGAUCCGACUACCAUCAUUAAAGAGUUUAACUACGAUAUUGGAAUGUUUAGUUUUGAUUUUAAUUUAACCGUUCCUUUACAGGCUUAUUUCAGAGCUCUGGAAGCGCAAUGGAAUUUUACAAAACUUCCAAUCGAAGAAGUUAAGAUUCGUUUAAAAUAUUUUGAAGAUUCUAGAAGAGAGUUAGCAAAAGCUAUAGCAGAAAACCAUGCAGCUGAAGAAUAA